CCUCUCCCUCCGCCCUUCGCCUCGUCCGGGCCUCUGCAGCCCGGCAACGGCCGUCAUGGUGCCGUCGGCACACCUUGCGCGGCCCCGCUGAGCCUCGGUGUGGCGGCGAGCGCGGUCGAGGUCGCCAUGCCUACCCGUGUUUACUCUGCAAAAUGAUUUUAGGCUGGGCCAUGGUGGAGUUUGCAUAGUGAAAAUGCAGAUUUCACACCCUGACUGGAAGACAAAUGAAAUGUUUGUUUUAUCUUUCAUUGUUGGCAAUAUUUGUCACUUUUUAUGACUGAAAAAAAGCGUGCUGCGGAUUGAUUGGGGGUACCAGUGUAAGGAGUAUGCUGCUGCUGUUCUGCUUUGCGUCCUCGCUACAAACGCCUGGUGGACAACAUAUUCCCUGAAGAUCCAAAAGUAAUUUGAUCUACAUCUACUGAUCCUUCUCUUUGCUGACCCAUUCUGCCCCCCGCUGACCUCCCUAAGGAUGGCCUUGUGAAAGCUGAUAUGGAGAAAUUAACAUUUUAUGCAGUAUCUGCCCCAGAGAAACUGGAUCGAAUCGGUUCUUACCUGGCAGAAAGGUUGAGCCGGGAUGUUGUCAGACAUCGUUCUGGGUAUGUUUUGAUUGCUAUGGAGGCACUGGACCAACUUCUUAUGGCUUGCCAUUCUCAAAGCAUUAAGCCAUUUGUAGAAAGCUUUCUUCAUAUGGUGGCAAAGCUGCUGGAAUCAGGAGAACCAAAGCUUCAAGUUCUUGGAACAAAUUCUUUUGUCAAAUUUGCAAAUAUUGAAGAAGACACACCAUCCUAUCACAGACGUUAUGACUUUUUUGUGUCUCGAUUCAGUGCCAUGUGUCAUUCCUGUCAUAGUGAUCCAGAAAUACGAACGGAGAUACGAAUUGCUGGAAUUAGGGGUAUUCAAGGUGUGGUUCGCAAAACAGUUAACGAUGAACUUCGGGCCACCAUUUGGGAACCUCAGCAUAUGGAUAAGAUUGUUCCAUCCCUCCUGUUUAAUAUGCAAAAGAUAGAAGAAGUUGACAGUCGCAUAGGCCCUCCUUCUUCUCCUUCAGCAACUGACAAAGAAGAGAAUCCUGCUGUGCUGGCUGAAAACUGUUUCAGAGAACUGCUGGGACGAGCAACUUUUGGGAAUAUGAAUAAUGCCGUUAGACCAGUUUUUGCGCAUUUAGAUCAUCACAAACUGUGGGAUCCCAAUGAAUUUGCAGUUCACUGCUUUAAAAUUAUAAUGUAUUCCAUUCAGGCUCAGUAUUCUCACCAUGUGAUUCAGGAGAUUCUAGGACACCUUGAUGCUCGUAAAAAAGAUGCUCCCCGGGUUCGGGCAGGUAUUAUUCAGGUUCUGUUAGAGGCUGUCGCCAUUGCUGCUAAAGGUUCCAUAGGUCCAACAGUGCUGGAAGUCUUCAAUACCCUUUUGAAGCAUCUGCGUCUUAGUGUUGAAUUUGAAGCAGAUGAUUUACAGGGGGGAUCUGUAGGCAGUGCCAAUUUAAACACAAGUUCCAAAGACAAUGAUGAGAAGAUUGUGCAGAAUGCUAUCAUCCAAACAAUAGGAUUUUUUGGAAGUAACCUGCCAGAUUAUCAGAGGUCAGAAAUCAUGAUGUUCAUUAUGGGGAAAGUACCUGUCUUUGGAACAUCUGCCCAUACUUUGGAUAUCAGUCAACUAGGGGAUUUGGGAACCAGGAGGAUUCAGAUAAUGUUGCUGAGAUCUUUGCUUAUGGUAACUUCUGGAUACAAAGCAAAGACGAUUGUUACUGCACUGCCGGGGUCUUUCCUGGAUCCUUUGUUAUCACCGUCUCUCAUGGAAGACUAUGAACUGAGACAGUUGGUCUUGGAAGUAAUGCAUAAUCUCAUGGAUCGCCAUGACAAUAGGGCGAAGCUUCGAGGUAUCAGAAUAAUACCAGAUGUAGCUGACCUAAAGAUAAAAAGAGAAAAAAUCUGUAGACAAGACACAAGUUUCAUGAAAAAGAAUGGGCAACAGCUAUAUCGUCACAUAUAUUUGGGUUGUAAAGAGGAAGACAACGUUCAGAAAAACUAUGAACUACUUUAUACUUCUCUUGCUCUUAUAACUAUUGAACUUGCUAAUGAAGAAGUAGUUAUUGAUCUCAUUCGACUGGCCAUUGCUUUACAGGACAGUGCAAUUAUCAAUGAGGAUAAUUUGCCAAUGUUCCAUCGUUGUGGGAUCAUGGCACUGGUUGCAGCAUAUCUCAACUUUGUCAGUCAGAUGAUAGCUGUCCCUGCAUUUUGCCAGCAUGUUAGCAAGGUUAUUGAAAUUCGAACUAUGGAAGCUCCUUAUUUUCUACCAGAGCAUAUCUUCAGAGAUAAGUGCAUGCUUCCAAAAUCUUUAGAGAAGCAUGAGAAAGAUUUGUACUUUCUGACCAACAAGAUUGCAGAGUCACUAGGUGGAAGUGGAUAUAGUUUUGAGAGAUUGUCAGUACCAUAUGUACCGCAAGUAACAGCUCUCUUUCCUUCAAGCAAAAAACCUCAUAAACCCAAGCACAAGUACAAAGAUGAAGAUCGCCUUUCUAGAAGAAAAAGCAUUGUGGACACCGUAUCCAUUCAGGUGGAUAUUUUAUCCAACAAUGUUCCUUCUGAUGAUGUGGUUAGUAACACUGAAGAAAUCACUUUUGAAGCAUUGAAGAAAGCAAUUGAUACCAGUGGAAUGGAAGAACAGGAAAAGGAAAAGAGGCGUCUUGUGAUAGAGAAAUUUCAGAAAGCACCUUUUGAAGAAAUAGCAGCACAGUGUGAAUCCAAAGCAAAUUUGCUUCAUGAUAGACUCGCUCAAAUACUGGAACUCACCAUACGUCCUCCUCCCAGUCCAUCAGGAACACUGACCAUCACUUCUGGGCAUGCCCAAUACCAAUCUGUCCCAGUCUAUGAGAUGAAGUUUCCAGAUCUGUGUGUGUACUGAUUGGCUCAUGAAGACCUCAACAUAUGAUUUGUAAAGCCUAAAAAUUAAGGCCAAGCUGAGCUUUCAGGGUUUACUUAAUGUGUAUUAACAUACUUAAUGAAAAUAAUGAUGGCACUUAUCUUUAACCAAAUGCUUGACAUACUGUAUUAGAAGUUUUGGAGCUAUAUAUAACUUUGAGUACUUUCGAAGAUAGAUUUCUGCCGUGUUAAUUUGCUUUGAGGUUCUUGUUGCCUUUUAAAGUUGAACAUGCUUUGAUUUCACUGUAUUCCACUGUUAAGGAGUAUAUUUUAAACUUUUCACAAAGGUAAUGUUUUUUUAAAAAAGUAAGCCUUCAGAGGAUUGAGACUGUAUAAAUUGUUUAUUUCUUAAACGUCUACACAACUGCUUAGAUGUAGAAAUUGUUCUUUUCUGCAAAGGCAGAUACAUUCAAAUAUGUUCCUAGUCCUGGGGCUGCAAAACUGUUCGGUGGCUUUUUGUCCCCAUGCUUUAGAUAAGCUGGGAUAGGCACCCUGCUAUUCAUUUACUAUAAUAAUAUGUGAUAGGCAUUCCUCAUCUUGUUCCCAAUAAUAUGACAUCUGUUGUAUAGCAUUCCUUGAACAUGACCCUAAAAACGCCAUACUUUGAAUUGUCUGGUUCUGGUAAUACUGUGUUUCCUGCCAAGAGUUUGACCAUUCUGCUUGAGAACUGUAGAGCUUACUCUUGGAGUACCAAACUGUGCAAUAUUUUUACAUCAUAAGAUGUAUUAGUUUACAGGCUAUGCUUUGACAUUGUAGUAUUUUGCUGUGGCUCCAUGAAUUAAAUGAGAUAUAUAUUUAGUACAGAAAAAAAGACAUUUAAAACAGCUACUAGUUCACCUGUGAAGAGUCUGUACAUUUUGAUUUCCAUUAAGAGCACAUUUAUUUACAUUUGUAUAUUGUGCAUUGUUUUAAAUCCUUGUAGUCAAAAAGUUCUCCGGGUGGAAUUUUAAUUUGUAAGAUUUGAACUGACUUGUAUGCAUCUGUUUAGAAUUAGUUAGUUAUACUUGAAGAGCUGCCUGUGUUUUAACAAUCAAGUGUGCUGAAGUUCGUCAAUUUAAGCUACUUUUGAUUUCAGCUACCAAGAUCACAGGUGUACUCUACACAUCCACUGACAGCCCAUAACAUUAGGUACAUCUUAGUGAAUUUUAUCACAUGGUAAAAUGAACAGCUUUCUUUGUAACUCAUAAAAUUCUCUUAGGACAUUUUUAUAAAGUCAUCUGUUUAUAGUUCUAUCUUUUCAGAUUCCUUUUUUUGCUUUUUGUUUUUGUUUUUUUUAACAUAAAACAGCCUACAUACCAAAAGCUGUAGCCUAGAAAACAGUUUAAUUUUUGACUUUUGUUUUUGUUUAAAAAAUUGCAGUGAAGAAUGGGAUGUUCGUGUUUAUGGUUAUUUGGGCACCUUUCGUAGGAACAGAAAAAAGUAGGGAAAUGAUAAUAGGACAAGCUUACUUGAAAAUUUUUGAAUACUUAAACGAAAGUGGAACAUCUUGAAAAACAGUCUAGUCAUUGAGACCUAUGAAAUGAUACUGAAACAUCCUGGGCUGCUUAUUAAAUGUGGAUCAACAAGACUUGUUUCAGAAUGACAGUGGAGUCGUUGCCACUGGAGGACUGAAGGGCCCUGUCAGAGUUGUCACUGGAACUUUGCCUCUUGAUCAGGUAAAACGCUUCACCAAUCAAUAAAGCCAAGUUGUUUUUUCUUUUUUUUAAUUUCCCUUUUUUCCUUCUAUAUUUUUAAAGAAGGAUAUUAAUUUUUGAAUAUAUAUUUUAAAAAAUCUAAGCAGGGGGACAUGCAAAAACAAUCAUCAUCCACUUGGAUGUCAUUUUAUAGAUUAACACUGUGUGCUUUUGUAUGGAAAAAAUAUAUAUAAUUUAAUAGUAUAAAAAAUAAAAUAUAUAUUCAUUUGCACUCAUGUGAAACACAAACUUUGCUCUACAAAAUUUUAUGUUUCUUAGUGAUUUUAAAAUGCAUGUAUUGCAUGUAAAGAAAAACUGUUACAAUUAAUGUUUAUUACACCUUUACCUUGGUCUUUGUUGAUUUGGGUUUUGUUGGGGUUGUGUUAUGUUUUGAAAACACAGUAGGCUUCUAUAUGGAUUUCUGAACUGGUCUUGUUGACAAGGAUUCCCAAGAAAUGGAUCUUUUCACUGGCUGACUCCCCCAUGUCUGCAGGAGAUUCUGCAGGAACUGGGUAUGCACACGGUGUUGUAGCCAGUUCAGGUACUGAACAUUUAGGAUUUGUUGAAGUUCACUGUAUUGCUAUAUUUUUGUAGAUAUAUAAAACUCUUAAUAAAUUGUUAAUCAUUCUUUUUUUGCUGUAUAGAGUUGUUUAUAUCACUCUUUCUUUCAUGACAUUGAAUAGUUAACAUUUAAAUGUUCUUCCCGUACUUGUGUUGUCUGUGACCACUUAUAUACAGUUUUGUUGUUAUUGGAGUUUACCUGAAUACAUAUGCGCACACACACACAUACUUCCUUAAUACUUCUGAACUCGUUAUCUUUUAGAAUAAUAAUUCUACACUUUACCAGCAAUUAACUUCUCGCUACCCAAAAUGUCGGAAAAUUGAACUAAUUUGUCUUAUUCAAUGCUCAUAUCUGUAUUAAAUGUAAUGAAGUUAGUUUUUUAAAAUGUAAAAAUUCACUGUCCAAUUCAUAUGUAAGCAAUAAAACAUAAAUCAGA